UUAUAUUUUUAGAGUUAAAAGCUGCUUUAGGGCAUUCAGCUUGCAUUUAGAGUCAUACAUUUCGUUUGACAGAGUCAUUAUGUUACAGAAUAUUAAAAAAAAAACACUAAAUGAGAGAAAAAGACGUGAUGUCAUGAUGACGUCGAAUGGCAACAUGCUACUUUGAUCAACCUGAACACUCGUCACUGAAAUAAACGCUUUUCUUGCAUCAAGAUGUCGCGUUUUUGGUAUAAUUCACAUUUGUAGUAGGGCGCAUAAGCUUGACAGAGUAGUGCACACAUCGCUCUCUCUUCCCUGGGGAUUUUGCAUAGAUAAUUUUGCUUCCGGAUUUUUUUUAUUGUCAUAAUGUUCUCCUCUUCACUUCCUUGUGUUUAGCGAUUAGAGGAACUGAGCACUGUGACUAGACUGAUCAUAGAUUUUGUUUUAUUUUUAAUUUUUUUAAGUACUGCAUUAGGCUAUUUUUUAUAUUUAAAAAUGAGAAUUAGUUUGAGUACAGCAGGUGUUUUUCGACGUGGUCAUUGAUUUUCUUCUCUAAACUUGGUGUGUGACCAAAGGCAGUGAUGGCGGGCUGCGUUCAGCAGGGAGACCUGACCGAGUACAAGAAGAGUCUCAUUAAGCGGGAUUUGGAGAUGGGGAUAGUGAUGACUGUGUUCAGACAGAGGAUGGAGAGGCUUACAGUGCAGGUCAUCAUGGAGACGCGACAGGUGGCCUGGUCGCGCACCGCUAACAAGACAGAAGGAGUGUUGGACCUUUUUGAGAUCCGGGAAGUACGAGCAGGAAAAAACUCCAAAGACUUUGAUCGAUUCAAGGACAGCAAGGAUAAAUAUAUAGACCCCAACUCAUGCUUUACUAUAUUCUAUGGCUCUCAGUUUGUUCUCAACACUCUCAGUCUGGCGGCUGAUUCAGUGGAGGAUGCAGAAAAAUGGCUGGCAGGACUGGAGUUACUCAGACAGGAGACACUGGUGGCUUACACACCAGAUAUUAUAGAGAGUUGGCUGAGGAAGCAGAUGUACUCGGUUGAUCAAACAAAGAAAAACAGCAUUACCCUGAAAGAGCUCAAGUCUCUGUUGCCACAGAUGAACUUUAAAGUACCAGGUGGACGUUUUUUGAAGGACAGAAUUGCGGUGGUGGGAGCAAAGAAAGAAGUUCUGGAUUUUGAGCAAUUUCACAAAUUCUACAAUCUUUUGAUGUUUGACAACCAAAAGAUGAUUCUAGAUGAGUUUAAAAAGGAGUCGUGUGCUUUCAUCAUGGGUAACACCGAUCAGCCUAUUCAACUCUGCGAUUUUCAAAGAUUCCUUUUAUUUCAUCAGAGAGAGUCUUGGGCCAACAAUACAAAUCAAGUCCGAGAGCUGAUGACCAUUUUCAUCGAUGACACCAUGAGGAAGACCAACGAUCCAGCCUUUACUGUUGAAGAGUUCCUUAGUUUUCUCUUCUCCAAAGAGAACUCGAUCUGGGACGAGAAGUUCUCAGAGAUUUGCCCACUGGACAUGAACAAUCCUCUGUCUCACUACUGGAUCAACUCUUCUCACAACACAUAUUUGACUGGAGAUCAGCUGCGCAGUGAGUCCUCAACAGAAGCUUACGUGCGCUGCCUGAGGCUGGGCUGCCGCUGUGUUGAGUUGGACUGCUGGAAUGGUCCCGAUGAACCUAUUAUAUACCACGGCUGGACUAGAACCUCCAAGAUAAAGUUUAAGGAUGUGGUGAAGGCCAUCAAUGAUCAUGCUUUUGCAACAUCUGAGUAUCCUGUGGUGCUGUCCAUAGAAGAACACUGUGACGUCAAGCAGCAAAAAAUGAUGGCUCAGGUGUUCAAAGAUGUUUUCCAAGACAAGCUCCUGACGGAGCCGCUGGAACCAGAAGCAGAACAACUGCCGUCACCAACCCAACUGAAGGGCAAGAUCAUCAUCAAGCACAAGAAACUGAAUAUUGAUGAGACCUUUAGCAAAAAGGACCUGCGGAAAGGAGAUAAGCAGGGAGAGCUCUUCAUCUGGGAUCCAAUCGAUGAGAGAUGGUACAAGCACUACUGUGUGAUCGAGAAUAAGACAUUGUAUUUUGCUGAGGAGAAUGAACUACUACUAGAGGAGGAUGUUGGAAAGUCACCUCAGGGCGGUACAGAGCUUCAUCAGUCAGAGGCCUGGUUUCACGGGCGGAUGUCAGAGGGCAGACAGACAGCCGAGAGACUGCUGCAGGAAUAUUGUGCAGAUUCAGGUGGAGUUGACGGGACAUUUCUGGUGCGGGAGAGCGACACCUUCGUCAAUGAUUGCACCCUCUCGUUCUGGCGCAGCGGACGAGUUCAACAUUGUCGAAUCCGUUCCUGCUUAGAAGGAGGCCACACUGUCUAUUUCCUCACAGACAACCUGCACUUCCCCAGUGUGUACACGCUUGUCCAGUAUUACAGAGAAAGCCCUCUCCGCUGUCAGGAUUUCAACCUGCGCCUCACUGAUUUUGUGCCUCGACCAGACCAGCACCUGCAAGAAGGAUGGUUUUACAGUAACUUGAGUCGGGGUGAGGCAGAGGACUAUCUCAUGAGGAUCCCUCGAGAUGGAGCCUUCCUCAUCAGACAGAGAGAAGAUUCAGACUCUUAUGCCAUCACCUUCAGAGGUGAAGGGAUGGUGAAGCACUGCCGGAUAAACAAAGAUGGAUCUAUGUACGUGCUCGGCACCUCCAGCGAAUUUGAGAGCCUGCUGGAAUUGGUGGACUAUUUCCGAAAUAAACCACUGUAUCGGAAGAUCAAACUGCGCUACCCGGUCACACCAGAUCUGGUGGAACGCUUCAGUUCAAUAACCAUAUCUGCUUCACUUUAUGAUUCUAAACAGUACGUGGAGGCCAAUGAGAUAGAGCCGUCUCUGCCCCAUAGCACAGUGAUGGCCCUCUAUGACUACAGGGCCAUGCGGCCGGAUGAACUCACCUUUUACAAGGGCGCUUUGAUCCAUAAUGUGACCAAGGAGGCAAACGGAUGGUGGAAAGGAGACUAUGGUGGAAAACUGCAGCACUAUUUCCCUUCAAAUUAUGUAGAAGAAGUUGCCAAUGCAUCUGAGGCAGGUUGCCAGGGCGAUGAGGAAAAUCCAUUGGGUGACUUAUGUAAAGGAAUAGUGGACAUCUCGAAGUGUACUGUCGUUCGUUCAGCCAAACACAGCAGGCCUGUGGUGGUGACGCUGCAGGAUAAGGAGAAUAAAGACAUGCCGUUUGAUUUGGCCACUGAGACCACCGAGGAGCUGUACGAGUGGUAUCAGGUGGCUUGGGACAUCACACAGAGAGAAGAAAACCGAGAGUUUGAGAAACAAAAGCAAAGGGAGGUUGAGAGCAGGGACGAGGUGGCCAGCGAGAUGUCUGAACAGGUCGUUUACUGCCAGCCUCGCAGCAAAGACAAGGACCGCUUUGAUAAUUAUACCUACAAAGAGGUUCGCUCCUUCGUAGAAAAUAAGAUUCCCUCCAGAAACAAGUCGACUCAGUUUAUGUUGUAUAACCGCAAGGCGCUCAGCCGCGUCUACCCAAAGGGCCAGCGGGUGGAUUCCUCCAACUAUGAUCCGUAUCCUCUGUGGAUGUGCGGCUGCCACAUGGUGGCACUCAACUUCCAAACCGCUGAUAAGUACAUGCAGCUGAACAGCGCCCUCUUCAGUCUGAAUGGAGGCACAGGAUAUGUACUGCAGCCUGAGCCGAUGCGCAGCGAUUCGUAUGACCCUCAUCAGGAGAAGAAGAAUAUCAGAUUUACUAUCACCAUUAGGGUGAUAGGAGCGAGACAUCUUCCCAAACCAGGACGAAGCAUUGCCAGUCCCUUUGUGGAGAUCGAACUGUGUGGCCAAACAGAGGACAACAAAUUCAAGACUAUCGUUUGCCAUGAUAACGGACUGAACCCUAUAUGGCUCGGGCCAAACUGUCAGCCUUCGGAGACAUUUACUUUCAGCGUGUAUGAACCAGACCUCACCUUUCUGCGCUUUGUGGUCUUUGAGGAGGACAUGUUCUCUGACCCUAAUUUCCUGGCCCAGGCUACGUUCCCUGUGAAAGGUGUUCGCUCAGGGUACAGAUCCGUCCCUUUAAAGAACGGCUUUAGUGAAAACCUAGAGCUGGCAUCUCUACUGGUGUAUGUUGAUAUACAGCAGGUGGAGAAAGCGCAGGAGGAACUUUACUCCUCCUCGAAACAGUUGCAAAAGAAACAGGCGGAGUUAAGCAACGAGUUCUGCCUCUACGACACUCACUCCAACCAGUUCAUGUACUCAGAAAAAAAGAUGAAUAAACAGCAAAAAAUCAACAACAGCAAGUUCUACUCAUGAGGAAAGUCUAGUUCCCUUCCGGUCUGGUUCUAAUGUUCUUAAGGGUCUCUUCCUCUCGGUUCCGCUGCUCUAUUACUACUGGUUCCCUAACAGGCCCCAACAGGAAGUUGCAGCCAUCUCACUCUUGUGCUCACACAGGAAUUCAUUGCAAAGAGAAUCUGAGCAAUAUUCAUAGGUGAAUACUCUGUGGAAAGUGUAGCUACAACCCAGAAGUUGUAAAACUCUUUAAAUUGAGGGCAUGAAAACCGCAUGAAGGAUUUUUUUUUUUUUGUAACUGUGAAACUGUUCAUCUAUCGUCUUCAUCUGAUUUUAACAUUUCAUUUGCAGCUGUAUUAAACUUUUCCUUAUUGUCUUAAAAAUUUAAAUAGCAAACAAGACGUUAUUUAUUUGGUUUCUAUCUUGUUUUUAAUAUGCUGAGGAAGUUUUAUCAGGUUUGGUUGGAUAUGCAAGCGAUAAUGCACAGUCUGACAGUCAUUAUCUCAAAAUAAAUGUGUUUUUUUUUUUGUGUAUAAUUGCCAUUUGUUUGUACAUUAUCCUGAUAAUUACACAACUACUCACCAAAUAAAUAAAUAUGUG